AUGGCAUCUGACGAGCUUUCCGAGCUUCUUCACAGGUGGGAACGGGUUGCAGUACUCUGCGACGCACCCCAGGCAUCUGUGCAGUGCUAUAUUGGCCGAGAACACAGCACUUCCUGGAUAAUGACUGUAGUUAACGAGUGGAUCAACGAGAACCACCUUAUCUGGACCCUAUGCGCCGCCCUCGCCGAUUCCGGCCUCGACCAAGAGUGGACACGCAGAUUUGACCUCUAUUACCGCAGGGAGUGGCGUCGGAUCCAGUUGAUGGUGCAGGUGACCCAGGGUGCUGAGCGGUUGCUGCUAGAUAUUCGACCCCCGCCUAUGCUGCUCGCUGUGUUUGCCCACCACAAUGGGUCUACGGCCCGAUACCACGCCAUCAUGUCCACGCCUGCUCGUACUCGAGCCGACGGAGGCCUUCUGAAUCUGUUGCGGCAUGUAUAUCAUGGAGGCAUUUCCUCAACUGAUGUCUUCGAUGUAGUCCUCUGUGGAGAGGGUAUGACUGGAAUCGCGCCGGAGUCGCCUCCGUACUCUGCUCUCGGGUUGCCAGACCAUUCCAUCCCAGUUUUGAACCUCCCUCCUCCAUAUGAGAACACUCCCGGGUCUGACUGGUCAGAGCUCUUUUCUGAGCGCUAUCCCACUCCGCCUCCUCCCUACCGCGGUACUUCUCCCGCUCCCCCUGGUUGGACUCCACCAUCCUAA